ACACAACCAGCGUGCGAAACCCGCCGGCUAGGUCCCGCCAGCUAUCCGUGCCAAGUUUCUUGACACGUUCUUCUAUCCAAAGUUCACGGUUACUGCCUAUGCAUAAAUGGUAUCCGGCGGCGCAUCCCACUAGCCCGCUGACUUCCCCCAACGCUCUUUCUUUCCUUUGUGUGCUCGCUAGGCGCACGUCUUUUUGGAGGACGCUGGAGUUUAGCGUGGCGCGGCGAACCAUGUGCGGCAGAGCGGCAGACGAUGCAGGGGAGGGGUGGGUUUACAAGAGCCACGCCCGGUGCGGAUUCCAUUUCCUCGACCAGGUCCAGGGAUUCUGGGCCUACGGUGGAUCAACCAGCAAGUCGUACGAUACUCGCAGCCAUGUCACAGGGGUUGGUAGGGUUGGUAUCAAGACUGGAGUGUGGGGCUAA